GUCAUUAAAAAUCCCCACACCUGCUGUAAAAAAGCUCAAUAUAAGAAGUUUUCAAAGCCCAUUUUUUUGACACAGUUUCAAAAACUUAUCAACAACAUGAAAUUCCUAUUCCACGUUCUUUUUAUUUCGCUCAUCUCGAUGUACUGUUGUAGCGCUAAGUGCAAGUUUGGUGAAAUCAAUUAUAAAGAAGAAAAUGAUGAAGAGGUUGUGUUGAAGCAUUACUUAUCUCAUAAACUAUCAUUUAGUAAUGUUUGGAAUAACAUCUUACGAGGCAGAUUCAUCGAUCCCGUCACAAAUUUAUUAACCUCGGAUAAACAAAGCCUAUGUGAAUGCGUAUACGAAAAAGCAUACGGAGGUGAAGCCGAACCACACACCUUGGACGAGCAGAAAGCUCAACUUUCACAACGUAAACUUCGACAGAUAUUCAAAAAAGAUGGCACAGCGACUCAAAAACUUGAACUGGUGGUGAAAUGUGAAGUAGACAAAAAGACAUUCUUUUUGUCGCAAGGAUACCAGUCCUACGAAGAUCGCAAUGUUCACGAUGUCUACGCUUACGAACUGAACGAUAAAAAUCAGAUGCAGUUCAAAGGAAUGGUUGAAAAAUUAAAUUUUUCUGAUAUCGAUAAGCAUCCUUUGUAUAAUAAGUUCGUCUAUCAUUUCAUGAACGCUAAUUUAGCCGAUAAGCAUGAAUCGUAAGAUAGAAAUAAAUUUCAUUUUUUUAAAAAUUGAUUUUAUCUAAGUGAGUAAAAUAAUAGAAUUUGAACGUAUA